AUGAAGAAAUGUACGAUAUGUAAGAAAAGAAAGAGAUUAGUUUUGAAGGGUCAUUUUCAUAUUUCUACGCAAGAAUUAUGUGAUGCAGUAGUGGAAGCCGAAAAAGCUACUAAAGUACAGAUAAUGAAAAAAGGAAAAGGGAAAGGGAAAGUAAUUGAAUAUGAGACUGAAACUGAAGAGGAUAUUGGAGAAGAAGUUGAAGAUGAAUCUGAAAGUGAUAUUGGAGAUUUUAAGUAG